AUGUCUACAUCCCAGGGUAGUCUCGACGCCGCGGCCUCUGAACGCAAAGCCAGACUCGCCAAGUUAGCAUCUUUGAAACGCAAGCAACCGGGCUCCGACACAACGGUCGACGCAGUCCAUGCAGAAGUUGGCGCGGAGAGCGCACCAUCUCAGACAGACGUCUACAUAUCUGGCCGAAACUACGAUCUCACCACGAAAGGGCCAAAGCUUGGAUUCGAAGCCGUCCCAGGCGCCGACUCCCAGACUCUCGAGAAGCAAGCCGAACGCAUAGCAUUGGCUGCGAAAGAACAAGCGGCCAAGGAUGAAGCAGAGAACGAGAAAGGCAUCGAUCUAUUCAAGCUGCAGCCAAAGAAGCCGAAUUGGGAUCUUAAGCGGGAGCUGGUCGAGAAGAUGAAGGUCGUAGAUGUCCGAACACAAAAUGCUAUUGCCCGUCUGGUCAGAGACCGUAUCGCAAAUUCCAAGAAGGAAGCGCAGCGUACGACUGGUGGUCAGACGACUGAUGGUGGGGGAGAGGAGGUCGGCAUUGAGGGUACAACACUAGCAGAGGCUGUUCGCGAGCGCGAGCGCGAGGAUGAGGCAGAGCGACAAGACGAACUCGACGAGGACGCUGUGCCGUAA